AUGAUUCUUGCGCUCCGACAGGGUUUACGUCAGGUGUUGACGGAAGGGCUGAUUGAGCGCUUUACGCGCCAUACAUUCAACGCCCAAGCUUUGUGCGCCGGACUUGAAGGACUCGGCCUUGAAUGCGUGGUGCCCUCUGAGUAUCGCCUCGCGCAGAUUACUGUCGUUAAAAUACCGGAUGGCAUUGACGAUAUGCAGGUGAGGCAACGCUUGCUGCGGGGCUACGGCAUCGAGAUAGGCGGUGGGCUGGGCGAACUUGCAGGCAAUGUGUGGCGCAUAGGACUGAUGGGCGAAUCCAGCAAGGCCGAAUAUGUGCUGGCUCUUCUAUCCGCAUUGGAAAGCGUUUUGCCGGAAGCAGGGUUCGAAGUAGCGACAGGGGCAGGUGUCGGAGCGGCAAGUAGUGUGUUCAAGUCUCACAAGGGCCAAUGA